GUGCGUGCAGAGCACGUGCAGGUGUGUUAUGGGCUACCAACAAACUGGUCAGGAAUGCAUUAGGAGACGAAUUGAAAGCGCCUGUACUACGAACCAGGACUGCUCCUCAGCGGUGACCAAUAGCGAGUGUGCGAACAACGUAUGCGCUUGCAAUGCUGGGUUUUACAGUACCAAUGCAAGAACCACCUGCCUAGGGCGCCGUAUUGGAGACAGUUGUACCAAUGAUGUGGAAUGUAGUAGAUUGAUCGAGAAUUCAGCGUGCUAUGAGAGGAAAUGUGGCUGUAUUGCUACUUACUAUGCAAGUGAUGACAAUUCACAAUGCUUUAGACGAUUGAGAGAUUGGGAAAUCGCCCUGAUAGCCCUGGGAGCUUUACUUUUCCUUGUGCUCCUUGCUCUUUUAAUCUGCUGCUGUUGCUUCAUCCCGUGGUGGGGUCGCAGGGGAAAUAAGAAAAAGCAGAAAACACGCAAGCCCCUCCAUCCUCCCGAGCCACGCUAUGUUGCGGGCCCAGUCCCAGCCCUUGCUCCACCUCCUCUCAUGGCCACAAUGGCUCCUGCGGCACUGAUGGUACCUUACGCGCCCCCGUCGCCACUGCCGGAAGCCAGACAGAAAUCUCCGUCAGAUGUCUUCGUCGCAGUUCCAGAUCACUUUGUUGCCAUUCGCAAAGUAAAUGGGCGUUUGGCACUUGCGCGGGUGGAAGCGGCUGAUUAUCUGAAUCAUAGAAUCAUGGUGAACUUCCUAUCUCCAAUCCCCGAGGCUGACAAUAUGUUUGAGCUGGAUCCCAAGAAGGAAAUUGUGUCAGAUUCUGAUGUUGCGCACUAUCCUUUGAAGGUUGUGCGCCGCGGAGAAUACUUUCAGUUAGUUACUAAAGAAAUUUAAAUAACUUUUUGUUUAUGUCUUGAUAUAUAUAGUGGUUCAACUAUAUUAUAUAGGCCAAAAACAUUUCAUGGAUACGAUGAAAUGCAUAUAGGCUUUUCGUGGCCUCUUAUGUGAAGAUGGUAAAAAAGUGAAUUGCUUCUGAAAAGACGAAGCCGUUUUUCUAUAGAUCUAUGUGAGUCAAGUGAUCUUAGCAAUUUGAUGAACGGUCAAAACUCUCUUUAGAAACGACUUACUAUUUUACUAACCACACCGAUAUGUCUAUAAUUUUGUAGGCAGCCACGGACAUCAAGUUUGGCCUUUUUGAGAUAAAACUCAGUAAAUCCCGGGUAAUGAGGUUGCGAACCUUACUGUGCUCAAAAUGAUAUAUUGUUUGACUUAACAUUAAAAACAGGAUCAAACAUGAAAACAAUAUUACUCGGCCUUUAAAUGUACCGAAUUUGUGUUACCGAUGAACUUACAUCAUAUCGAUCAAAUGAUUUGGGACAAUGGCAAUGGCGUGAAAACUGCACAUUUUCUUUCAGUAGAUACACGAAUAGCGGUCUAGAAUUUAGUCUAGCCGUAUAAGUAUCCAUCGCUUAUAUGAUAUUUAUAUUUUCCAUUGCAUUUUCCAUUACGACAUUAGAAAGAAAGCUGGCUAAACUUUAGGAACAAACUGAUAGGCCUACGCUCCGAUGACAAAUUUUGGCCGAGAGAUAUGGGUGCCAACUAUACGCAUACUCACCAUGUAAUGAGAAAGCAUAUCUCAAAUUCAAGAACAUGAGUCGAUGAAAAAUAACCAUUUAUUACAUUAAUAACCAUAAAAGGUCACUUUAUUCAUAUUCGAUAAGUAAUGCACAUAGUUUAGCUGCAUAAGUCUUAAUAACAACAGCAUUUCGAUUUAGGUUUGAAGUUUGUAGUAGCUCUGGUCAUUACAGAAAAUAAAUGGUUAAGUACUAAAACAGCAGUGUCUUCAGUGUUCUCAUAAGUUCUAUAUGCUCAUAAGUUUAGUCAAUAUUUGCAUAAUU